AUGACAGUCCUAAAAGACUUAGAAACGAGAAUUAAGAAAUUAGAGCUAAAUUACGAAGGGUUACUUUCGCAAUUCAAACAUUUAGAAGAAAAGGUUAGAGAGCAAGAAGAAGAAACCAAAUUCAAGAAAAAAACUAUUGACAAUUUAAAAGAAAAGGUAGAGAAUAAGAAGACGAAGCCAAAGUCAAGCAAGAAAAUAUUAAUAAAUUAG